AUCGCUCUUAAAAGCUCAACUGAAUCGAGUCUUAAACAACUUCACCUCUCCAUCUCGACUCUCUAUCUGGAAACAGAGGAAGCUACAAGAACGAUGUCCCCCGAAGCAGCCUAUACGCCCGAGCAAACGCCGACGGUCAUCCGCGCCCGCAAACAUCUCUCAGGAACGCGCGCCAAGCAGCUCCUCCGCGCGGCGGAGCGCGACUACAACGAUCCCCCGCCACCGCCGGGGCUGGGCGAGUGCUGUGGCAGCUCGUGUGACCCCUGCGUACGGGAUCUCUGGAGGGAGGAGCUGGCCGUUUGGCGCGAGAGGUGGGGGGAGGCUGCCGAGGAGGAGUCUUCGGAGAAGAAGGGGAAGAGGAAGAUGCCGGGGAGUUGGGAGUGGUGAUUUCGUUUGAUUCUAUGGAGUUCACCAACUGUCGGAAAGAGGCUACGUGGUUGAGGAGUUUCUUAUUCUUAUCUUG